UUCGUUCAAACGUCUGAAUGGAAAGCAGUUUGUUGAGUGCAAAAAAUAUUUUUUAAUAAUCAGCACAAAAUGGAUAUAACAAAAAUAAUGGAAAAUGAGUACAAAGCAGCUGACACAGCAUCAGAAACAAAUCCUCAAUACAAAUUUAAAUUGUUGCAAAUUACAUUUAAAGUGAUUGUGCUGAUAAUACUUGACACAAUCAAGUUCUUCACGAGAUUCUUCCAAACGCAUCAACAACCUGAUAAAAUUGCAAACCAAUUGGCAUUAGUGACAGGCGGUGGUAAUGGUUUGGGUAAAGCACUUUGCUAUCGCCUUGCACGAGAGAAAUGUGAUCUUGCAAUUGUUGAUAUUGAUUAUAAUGCAGCACAACGUACGGCAAAUGAAAUUAGUGUGGAAUUUAAUGUGAAGUGUAAGGCGUAUCAGUGCGAUAUUUCGAAUAAUUUGGCAAUUUUGAAAUUGAAGGAUGACAUAGAGAGUGAAAUGCGGAGUGUUGACAUUUUAGUGAAUAAUGCGGGACUUUUGUAUGUGACAAAUUUCAUGACAUCUAAAAUUGAUGAGAUUCAGAAAACAAUUCAAGUGAAUUUAACGUCACACAUUAUGAUGACUCGAACGUUUCUUAAUCGAAUGAUUGAAAGACAAAAUGGAAGAAUUUUGACAAUUUGUUCAUUAGCCAGUCUGUUCACAGCACCAACAUUGACUGUCUAUUGUGCAACAAAAACGGGAUUAAAAGGAUUUAUGGAUUGUCUUUCGGAUGAGCUUUAUCUCAACAAUUAUCACAAAUUCAUAAGAUUAACAUCAAUUUAUCCAGAUUUUAUAAAUACGAGACAAGAAGUUUCAGACACUCUUGAUCAGAUGAAGCAUUUCCUGCCUAGAUUAACACCUGAGAAAGUUGCUGAUGAAGCUGUUCGUGGAAUGUUGAGGAAGAAACAAAAUGUCGUUGUUAGUGAAUUGAAAUCUGUGUUCAGUUCUUUAAAAUACCUUCCAAAGAACGUAAAAAAAUACGUAGUAACAAAAGUGCUGAACUUUGACUCAUUUUAUAAGCAAGACUAAUUCCAAAUUUCCACCAAAAAAUAAAUUCAAUCACUUUGAAUAUUCAUAAUAUUAUUAGCAUUUACAUGGAAAUUUCAAUUAGCUGCAAUGAAUGCACAUAAAGUAUUAAGAGAAAAACAAAUCUUAUCUUCAAACCACGUGUCUGGAUCAAAGGUUAUCGAUUUCCACAAAUGCAAACAUCAACGUUCAUUCAUCAUCAGCAUUCAUUUCAGUCAUCGUGUGAAUAUAAGAAAGUAAAAAAUAAAUAAAU